AUGCAAGAAAGUAGCCCUUUGAGCCCUAAGCCAACGAUUUCUCAACAGCAGAAAUCUUAUCACUUGAACAAUAUCAGCGAGCUGACACCUACAACCUUGAAUUCAACUGGAUUUCCGCUAAACUCUAAGAAACGAACAUUGUAUUCACCCUCAAAUGAUUCAUUGAUAACAGGUCACCGUGAAAGAAGUAAAAAUAGCGAGCAAUCAAAAAUUGAGAGCCCCUCAGGUAAAGGGAGCUCUAAAACUCCUUUUGAAUGUUUGAAGAAUCCGUCCCCUCCUUACGCAACGAAGAAAGCAGCCUUAAGGAGAAGCGCAGGACUUUUAAAUUUAUCCAUUGAAACCAGCCCAGAUAAACAGCUCCAAAAGGAACACGAAAUUACAAAAUCGUUCAAUGACUUAUACUUUGAUGAAGAACAAGAGGAUCAAGAGAACCGGAUGAAAGAGUUAAAUACACCACGAGAGCCUGAUGGACAAUAUGACCAACCAACCAGCAUUUACACUGGUACCUGGCAACAACACAAGCUUGCACAGAAUAUGCUCACGCCACUUUCGACAUCAUCAUCACCGUUUUUGAAUCCUACGGCUACAAAAAAGGCAUCUGCUACGUCAAGAUUCAGAAAAAUAUUUACCAACAGUUCCGCUAAUACUGCUCUUGACACUCCAAUGAGUGAAAUAGAUGAAACAGUUUCCUUUGACGCCAAAAAGGUAAGCCCCAUUAGUACACAUAUGAAGAAUGCGGCAGCUAGGCUAACGAGGAGCUCUCCUGCUGAUUCACCUUCGAAACCUGGUCGGGGUAUCUUCCACCAGAACAAUAAAUUCAACCGGCCCCAAACUAGCCAGACUCCCAUCGGUAACCAGGGUUUUGUUACACCAGCUUCUUUCAAAUCCGUCAAGCCACUUCAGACAGCAUUCACUUCAACUGGUCUUCAAAGCAAAAAAUCUAUUUCUUCUACGAAACAAAAAGUGAUGCCAGAAACCCCUUGCAAACGCCCCCCUCUUAGCAUUGUCGAUGUCAACGGCUCCUUUGUAGGAGGAGCAAACACAUCUUUUGGAUCAUCCAAUGUCCCUGCAAUAGCCGACAACUCCUGCUUGAAUAAAAGCAGCAGUAUUCCCAAAUCCAGAAGGCCUUCCAGCAGCCCAGCAAGUGUAAUUUCCCCUGCGAAUAAGGUCACACCAACAUCAUUGGAAAAAUCUUUCAAGCAUUCACAAAAUAGUAUUGGAUCUUCAGGGAGUGGGAGGGUGCCACAACGGACGCAAAAAGCAGUCAAUACUACUGAUCUGGAGAGCUGCAUUCUUAGGUUUACAAACGAAUUUGACGACCUGUAUGAUGACGGAGACCAGAGCAGUGCGAGUAUUUUCAGAGAGGCAAAUACGUCAGCAAAUCAGCUGCUGAGCUCUAGAGGCUCUGGAAAGAGUUUAGAAGGUCAUUAUACCCUUAAACAUAUAACAAAUUCCACUGGCGACGAGUCGAAGAAUGAGAUCAGCUCCACAAUCGAGACCGAACAGAAAUUUAGUUCGGGUAGCUAUUACUCAGACGAUGAAAAACAAUCACAAUCCUCAUUCCAAGAAGACUUCAUGGACGAAGAUUUGGACUUGGAAAACAUUGACAAUAUGAACUUCGAUGGAUUUUCUGGGCUAGGAUCGAUGGAUAAUUUGCCUCCUACUCCAACGCGUCUCGGGAUUCUGAACAGCCAUAAUCACAUGAAAAAUAAUGGAAUCUCUUCUGAUGGCAGUACCCCUACUAAGCAUCCAUCACAGUUUCAAAACGAUACCCAACAGGAGCUAAAUAGAGUGAAACUGAAACUAAGGAACUUUGGCGCGGAUAUAAACAAUAUGGUUCCUCCUCGAGUUUCGGCUAUAUCCACUCACAGUCCCAAGACCCCUGUAGAUCCAUCAUUCAAUCAACUGUUUCACCCACCAAUUCAACCUGAACAAACAGAGGCUCUGUCAUCACAAGGUGAAGGGCAGUCGUCUAUGUUCCAAUCGCAACCACCACAACAGCUUAUAUUCGAUCAAUCAUCCAAGCAGAAGAACCAAGCGGAUUAUCAUCUUAUGUCCAAGUUUGGAAAUUGCAGCCUUAUCGGCUCGGGCGAGUUUUCAAUUGUGUAUGAAAUUCAGUAUGAGGGAGUCAAGUAUGCAGUCAAGCGUACAAAGAAUCCACUGGAAGGACCGAAAACAAGAUUAAGAAAACUUGAAGAAGUCGAAAUACUGAAAUCUUUACAGGAGAAGUAUAGGAGUUUCACAAUGGAAAAUGACGAUGAGACUCUUGCAGAUACAGGCGAUAGUCACGAAAAUAUCUUGAAUCUCAUCAACUACUGGGAACACAACUCAUACUUGUAUAUAAUGACCGAUUGUUGUGAGAAUGGUUCGCUUGACAACUUUCUGGUGGAGAACGGAAAGGUGUCAAAGUUGGAUGAAUGGCGAGUGUGGAAAAUUUUGAAUGAAAUCUUGAUGGGACUCAAGUUCAUCCACAGUUGUGGGAUUCUGCAUCUUGAUUUGAAGCCAGCGAACAUAUUUAUCACGUUUGAAGGUUCUUUAAAGAUUGGAGACUUUGGGGUCGCGUCAAAAUUACCAAUUCCUCCUUUUUUCGAUAGAGAAGGAGAUCGCGAGUAUAUUGCACCAGAGGUGAUCUCGAAACAUAUCUACGGAAAACCUGCUGACAUUUUCUCGUGCGGGUUGAUCAUGGUUGAAAUUGCUGCCAACAUUAUUCUUCCGGACAAUGGAACAUCAUGGCAAAAACUAAGAUCUGGGGACUUGACUGAUGCAGGAAGGCUUUCUUCUAGUGACCUCACAGAUCUAGACGGGUCAAUUUUCUCUACUACGAACACAUACUCCUCCAAUUUGACAAACACCACCUCCACGACCGGUUGUUCGAACUCCCCCACCGAGCUCAAUAGAGCUCAGCAAUCAAGACGAGCUGGAAUUCCUACCUGGGCACCAGCUUGGUUUUCUGAUGGUAGCUCCACUUUAGAUAAGCUUGUCACUUGGAUGAUCGAUCCGAACCCUAUCAGCAGGCCGACUGCAGACGAAAUAUUAAGAAGUUAUGAAUGCUCUGUCGUUGAAUCUAGACGGAAAUGUGGUGCUACUAUUUAUGAAGGUGAUUUUGGCCCUCAACCAGAUCAGAAUGAUUACGCUCUGGAAAAGGAACUUCUAGUGUCAAACUGCACUUAUAGAAUUGCCAACGUAUACGGCAAGUCGAAUAGGAAGUCAUCAAUUGAUAUGAUUUUGGAAUGA